CAGAGACCUCUACAGCACAGACACACAGCCAUGGCACCUACAGUACCUGCAGCACUGGCCUACUCUAAGGAGCACCUGAUUCUGACCAACAAGCCGAGAAAGCCGAUGGUGGAGAAGAUGCGCAGAGAUCGUAUCAACAGCAGCAUUGAGCAGCUCAGGUCUCUCCUUGGACCAGCAUUCCUGCAGCAGCAGCCAGACUCCAAGCUGGAGAAAGCAGACAUCCUGGAGAUGGCAGUUUUCUUCCUCGCACGGCAGCAGAAGCAGCCAGUGAGCAGCUCCUCCUCACCUGUCAGUCAGGGGUACUCCAGGUGUGUCCAAGAGAUCAAGCAUUUCCUGUCCAGGGAGGAAGUGAUGCCGCAAUCCCAGAGAAGACUCCUGAACCAUUUCCAGAACCUGCCAUCUUCCUCUGAUAUGACCAAGAGUCAGAGUGUGUUGCCUCAGCUGAACUCUCCAGCCAGACAGACCACCAGCAAAGAGGAGACUCCAGUCAAAGGCGCCCUCUGGAGGCCCUGGUAGAGUCCUGCAGAUGCUCACUGGACACUCAGACUAACAGAAUUGAAGAGGCUUGUCUAAUAUGGGCCUGGACAGUAAUUCUCAGUGUGUAGGAUGUGUUUAUCUUCCUCUUCUGCAUGUGCAGGAGGUUAAAUAUAUGCUCUUAGUGGAAAAAGAACUCAAAUAACCGGAGCUGUUGCCAACUGAUAUAAUGUGUUUCCUUUUCUUAUCUAUGACAUUCUGAGAAUAUGUAUUUUUCUUGAAGUCGGUUACAUAUUUUUCCUACAAAGGAUUUUGUAAAUUUACCAAUAUUUGGUUCUACGUAUUCUCAAUAUGUUCAACAUGAAAUGUUUAGAUGAAAUGUCUUCUGUGAACAGGGUUUACUCAGAUUGUGUAGUGAGUCCUUUAAAAUCCUUCAGUGAAGUAAAUAAUGAUUGUUGCAUGAUCUAUAUGCAUGGUGGGGAAUGUUAAGUCAUUCAUAAAGAUGAAACUGACAUGUCAGUUUAUUUGCUAUUGUGAUGUGAAUUAUAAUAUAAUGUCACAGUUUAGUGUAUGUUACACUGAAGUAUAACUGUUCCCCAUAUUGGUUGGUAAAUGUCAGUCUUUGAUCUGCCUUAUUCUGCAGGUUGUUUAUAAAGACUUUAAAUCAGUGUAAACAAAACACUCUGUUAGGAGUGUCUUCGUGUUUUCAAGUAGGUGUGUGAUAAUAUAUCACAGGUUAUAUUUUAUUGAAAAUACGUAAUGUUUCCUUCAACGAAGGCAUAUUCACAUUUGUAUUUGUUAAAGUACAAUCUAUUUAUCUGAAACUUUUGAAUGCAGAAUUCUUUGAGGAAUUAAAAAAAAAUUAUUAAA